AUGAAGAAUGCUGGUGAAGGAAACGCGGAGGAAGACGAAGCCGUUAGAAGGGCGCAAAAAAAGGAGGAGGAGUUCUCCUUCGUAGCUACCCGUUUGGGACCAUCCCAUUUGGAGACACGCACGGCCAAAAGGGGAGGAAGCAACAAGAAAAGGGAGCAACAAGAAAAGAAAGCCUGCCUGGCUAGUGCCGAUAUGCUAAACACCCCCCUGUGUAGGUACCCACCUGUGCAGCCCUCCACCUCGAAAAACGCAGCUGGCAAGCAGCAGCAGAGGUUCAUCCAAGCACGAGACAACCCCGAAGAAGGGAUUCCUCCCCCCCAGAACGCCUUCGCUCAGUUGGCGAACCAGAUGAAAGGGACAUGUGACUUUUCGAAAGCGCCUUUAAAUGUGUCCAUUAGUGAGAAUGAGAUAGUGGCUCUGCUGAGUGGGGCGGAGAUGCCUGGGGGUGUUUCCCCUGUUGAUGGUGCCUCUGGUGGAGUUACCCCCCCCGGUGACAGUCGCGAUGACCGUCGCGAUGACCGUCGCGAUGGAGGAGUGCGACACUGUGUGCAGUUUACUAAAGGAUUCGACGUGCUGACGUUUGUGUGCCCCAAGAAGAACACGGAGGACUACCUCGGAGUGGAAAUCAGACCGAUGAACUGCUUCGAGACAGUCCGGCUGCCAAACGGGAAUAGCAAAAAAUUGAGUGACGUGUUAAAAGGGGUCCAGUUGGAAAAUCGAGACAUCGAUUCGCUAAGCAUCAGGAAGGUUUUCAUCCCACCGACUAUUUGGCUAAAUGUUAUUUUUGAGUGCACGUGUGAUAACAGCUUGACGUUUCGGAACAACAGGAUGGGUGCCAGGGGUAUCAUGCGCGUGCACCUUAGGAAAAAUAUCGUCUUUGGUUGUGACUUCGACCAUACGGCGGGUGGGGAACCCCUAACCGAUGUACGGGGCGACGUCCUUGCUACCGACGACACUACAGAAGGGGACCCCGGCGAUUGGGCCUUCUGGCGCAAUUCCGGCCUUAGUGCAGAGCAACUCUCGUGGAGAAAUCAAACGGCCUUUUCGCAGUUCUACACCCCCGGACAGGUAGACGACGCCAAGGACAAGGGCAUCGUCUGCAACGUGAAGAUAACGAAGGAGGAAGUAUACUUAGGGUUGGUAUGCCCCCCCGGUUAUGAGAUGUACCCCUCUAAUUGUUUCGAGAGUGUUCUCUAUAACGAUAGCAUCGUAAGGAUGAGCGAGAUGAUUAAGCAUCGUGUUACCUUUCAUAUGGAUAGGAACCGGAGGAUGUCCUUUGCUACUUUUACUCUUCACAGAAAUGAGAACCCCCCUGGGUUCAGUUGCCUCUGUCUUCGCCUGGAUGCCCCCGAGGCGCCUCCCCUCCAGGCAAACUUUCUCUAUGAAAAUUACCAAUCCUUUGCCUUUCACUUCGGUUUGCUGUACGUGCUGGUUGUACCUCUGCUUCUAGCGCUUUGCCUGUGA